CACUCCUGCAGAAUAUUACGAAUAUGUCACCCUUUCUCUUAUUGGUUUUGUUCUUCGGACUCGUAACAGCAAGCAAAGAUGAAAUCAAACACAGUCGCCACAAACGUAGUCUUUUGAGUCUAUGCUCCAUGGUCGCAUCACAAACUAAUCACCUUAUGUGUCUCCGCCUCAUUCAUUACGGAAACUAUUGUGGCCCUCUACGCAAUAAUGGACCGGUGAUGGACACCGUGGACCAAUGCUGUUUUAAUCAUGAUCAAUGUUCCGAAGCUACUCGGAUGUCAUGCGGAACCCCUCUAAUCAGGAUAAUAUUUGGAUCCUACCGCUGGGAAAGGUCUUCAACGGAUGGGAGGAUUCACUGUGUUCAGUCCUCUGGAACUUGUGCACAUGCACAGUGUAUGUGUGACAGUCAGUUUGCCAUGUGCGUAGGGGCUGCGACUCGGGCGAAUCUUCAAAGAAAUAUUGGUGCCACACGAACUGCAACAGGAACAGCAACAGGAAUGGGACCAGCAACAAGAACAGCAACAGGAAUGGGACCAGCAACAGGAAUGGGACCAGCAACAGGGUUGGGACCAGCAACAAGAACAGGAAUGGGACCAGCAACAGGAAUGGGACCAGCAACACGAAUGGGACCAGCAACACGAAUGGGACCAGCAACAGGAACAGCAACAGGAAUGGGACCAGCAACAGGAACAGCAACAGGAAUAUUAACAAGAAUAUUACCAAGAUUAUUACCAGGAAUAGGAACAGUAACAGGAAUAUUACCAGGAAUAGGACCAGCAACAGGAAUGGGACCAGGAAUAGGACCAGCAACAGGAAUGGGACCAGGAAUAGGACCAGCAACAGGAACAGAAGCAAUACAGUUUCGUCCGACGAACCCCAUAACAAAUACAAAUACCAGGAUAAUUGGCAUGACGCCUUUUCAACCUCAAAGACGAAACUUUCCACACCAUUUUUUCCCCCGUUCUAUGUAAUGUAGUGUGUGAUGACUUUAAAGAGAUACCUUACCAUCCAUAAAGGUAUAUUCUCUUGUUCGUGUUCAGGACUAAAUAUACAAAAAAGUUCUGGUUGUCCUUUUCGUUUUUGUCGUGAAAAAUGAAUAAUACAUUAUGUCUAGAAAACAAUAUUAUGAUGUGAGAAUAAAUGGUAAUCAAAUUAUAUUAUUUUGUAGUUAACAUCAAUAUGGUAAUAUUUUUGUUAA